AUGAAAAUUAUUUUAGGUUUAUUGAUACUUUUGAUUUCUUCAAAUGCAAGUGAACAGUACUCACAUGAUGAAAAUGGGAACAGAAUUUACCUUGAAAUAUCAUCACAAACAAGAGGAGAUUUUACAAAGUUAAAAAAUUCAGAAAAAAAUACACCCACUUUUACCCAGCUAAGUAACGAUGGAUCUGGGGAAGAUGAUGAUGGUAUGGAAGACGAUACGAAAGUUAUAACCGUAUUUUUACUUAAUAUACUUGCAUGUGUUUUAUGCUGUGGAUUCCUUCAGCUAGUACUAAUGCUGAGCAAAAGAAUGAAUAGUGAACUAAGUGAUAUGAGAAAAAAUUAUAAACAAUAUCAAGGUUUCCUAAGAUUUAAAGAAUUUCGGAGAGCUUGGGCAAAAGAAAAUGAAGGAGAGAGCUCUGAUAAUUAA